CAAUAAUCGGAAUAUCCAUUAGAAAAAACCGAAAUAUGUCAAUAAUAUUAAAACGCAGCCUUCGCACACCCGGGCUUUUAAAGCAGGUCUGUUAUAGCUCCAGCUCUCAGUCGGGAGAUGCCACUGCCAAAACAAUUCCCAAGAACUUGGUCGAAGACAAACAAACUGCUGUAUUGCAGAAGGAAAAUGGAGUAAUUUUCGAUAAGCGACCGUUCAAGAUACACCUAGACAAGGAUAAAACAUACUCCUGGUGCCUCUGUGGAAAGUCCAAAUCGCAGCCAAUAUGCGAUGGCACGCACAAGAAUGAGUUUCUGAAAAUAAAGCUGAGGCCAAUACGGUUUAAGGUGGAGAAGUCUGGCGACUAUUGGCUCUGCAACUGUAAGCAGACCUCCCACCGACCCUUCUGCGACGGCACGCACAAGCAGCCGGAAAUCCAGGCAGCCGUUAAAUAGUUUCCUGCUUACUUGUAUUGUACGUACAUAUGUAUAUGAAAUCAGAAAUGCAUUGUUUGAGUCAAGCAACAUAUUGAUUUUAUUCUAGAUAAUAGAACAUUAUUUAUACACGCGAUUAAUAAAUGCCUAUCAAUUGUGUACGAACACUAUA